AUGGCAGUUCCCUUGCAUCCUAUCCUUUGGGUAUCCAUCUGGGUGGGUGCUGCGCCUCUCAUCUUCUAUGUCGCUCUCAUAGGACUGGGUGUGAUUCCGUUCUUCCAGAGGCACUUCCUAUAUGCCCAUACCAUCAACUCGCUAUGGUGGUCGGAUAUCAACGCCCCAGUAGGUUGGGGCUUCGCCAAAAACCAGGUGACACCUUUUGGACUACAGACCUCUGAUGGGGAGACAAUCUACGCUUGGCACAUUAUGCCGCUGCCUCUAUAUCUGCAACAUGAAACCACAGUGGCAACACAGGACAUGGGGUUCUGUAACGAUUUCACGCAAACCGAAUCGUUUCGGCUGCUGGCAAGUGAUCCAGAGGCCAGACUCAUCAUCACAUGCAACUCACCAUUGCAGAAUGCCGGUCAUAUCGCUCAAAACACUCGGCCAGAUAGUUAUCAUGCCUUGACCGAUACUUCAUCCUACCACGUCCUGGCCAUUGAUUACCGCGGCUUCGGCCACUCCACUGGCGCGCCCGACGAAAGGGGCCUGAUUCUAGAUGCCGCGGCGGUAGUCGACUGGGCAAUCAACGUGGCAAACAUUUCGCCGAAUCGAAUCGUUCUGCUUGGCCACAGCCUUGGAACCGCUGUUGCUAGUGGCGUCGCCGAACGGUAUGCACUUCAGGGGGUUGAAUUUGCAGGCAUUGUACUGGUUGCCCCGUUCAGCGACUUGGCCACGAUGCUGAGCGGUUAUCGUUUCGGGGGGAUAGUACCCGCCCUUGGGCCAUUCGCUCUUUGGCCCUCCUUCGCGCGUGUCCUCGACAGAUUCAUCGUGGACAAGUGGCACUCGGCCGACAGACUCGCCAACAUCGUCCGCCACACAAGGAACAGAUUGAGAAUAAGUUUGGUGCAUGCAAAGAAUGAUCUAGAUAUCCCUUGGACGGAGGAUAACAAGCUAUUUCGCGCUGCCGCGAGCGAAACAAUCGGCACUCUAGAUGAUGAUGAAUUCGACACUUGGAAAGAGUCUUACACUGUUCGGACCAGCGGGGAUUCGUUUGUGACUACAUGGAAAACAGGUGGAGACAUUAUAAUUCGUCAAGAGCUGUUUCCCUAUGGCGGGCACAAUGACAUUCUGAGCUUUGCACCAGUCAGCUUGGCCAUUAUGAGGUCGUUUGACCUCGGAGGCACAGCCUACGAUUAA